CCUAAAAUAGAGUUCCCAUCGUCAUCUUCCAGCUACAGAGUGUCUAACUUCACUGUGUGAGCCUUUCAACACCUCACCUGUACUCAUCCUCCGCUCCGUUUCAGAAUGAACAACGCAACACGCAACGAAGCGGAACGCCUCAUUGGGAUCGCGGAGAAGCUUCUCCAGAACCGUGAUUUGAUGGGUUCGCGCGAGUUCGCCCUCCUUGCGCAGGAAACUGAACCUCUUCUCGAAGGCUCUGACCAGAUCCUCGCCAUCGUCGACGUGCUCCUCGCCGCCGACAAGCGCGUCAACAACCACCCAGACUGGUAUGCCAUCCUUCAGGUCGAUCGGCGGUCCGACGACCUUGAUGUCAUAAAGAAACAGUACCGCCGCCUUGCGCUCCUCCUCCACCCCGAUAAGUCUCGUUUCGCCUACGCUGACCACGCCUUCAAGCUCGUCGCCGACGCGUGGGCUCUAUUUUCCGAUCCCGUGAAGAAGUCUGUGUACGACAAAGAGCUCUCAUUCUUCUCCCGCGUCGAUUUGUCAGUUCCCGGAUGGGUCCAGCAGGAAAAGCUCUCAGUCCGCAGGCCUGGGCCUGGGCCUGAACCCGGACCAAACACCCGCAACAGUGCCUCUGCCCGCGAUCAGAUUCACGCUGAUGAAAAUUCCCGCAGGAGAAACUCAACUUUCUGGACCGCGUGUCCCUACUGUUACCGUUUGUAUGAAUACCCUAGGAUUUACGAGGGUAAUUGUCUACGGUGCCAGAAUUGCGAUAGAUCCUUUCACGGCGUGGCGGUUCCGAAGCUGCCGCCGCUGGUCCCCGGCCAGGACGCGUAUUAUUGCUGCUGGGGCUUCUUCCCCAUGGGGUUUGUAAUGGGUAACUUCGGUUCACCGGAGAAAGAGGCGGCGGUGGAAGUGCCAGUACCGCAGCCCCCUCCUCCUCCGCCUCCGCCCGCGUCUCAACCGGCUUCUUCUCUGCCGAAUUGGAUGCCCGUGCCGGCAGAUAACGGUGCGCAGGUGACGCCGGUGCCGGCGAGGGUGACUAGGUCUGCGACGACGGUGGCUGCGAGAGCGAUGAACGGGACUGGGCCGAAGAAGAGGGGGAGGCCGAGGAAGUAUCCAUUGCAGUCAUGAGAAGUGAAUGUGAAUGAAGAUUUGUAGGUACUCUGUUAUUUAGCUGUUUUUUUUGUCUGUAGAUAUGGUUAACUGGUUUUUAUCUCUUGAAUUGGGGUAUUUUCUUUGUCUCUGUAGUUUUUGCUAUAGGGUUUAUUGUUGUAUGCCUUGUUGAGAAGUAGAACAAUGUGGCCGGUUAUCUUUUGUUGAAAGUAGAUUCAGAAGGCCUUAAGGCCCUUAACUUCAUUCAGUUGUUUUGAAGAGAAUUGAAAAUAUUUUGUUCUCCUAACUGGGGGAAAGCUUACACCUUCAA